AUGCCCUCUGCCGCGUUUUGUGGCCAGCCUCCCGAGUCAUCCUGAAGUGCCACAUUGCCAUCUUCUAGUACAAACAACUGCAAAUUCCGGGAUAAAUCUCAGUUCUGUCAGGGCGUAAACUGGGUUACCGGAGCAAGAAAACCAAUGCCUUGGCCACAUUUCCCGCUCUUUUGUUUGCAUUCUUGAUCCCCAAACAGCAGGGAGCGGGCAGUGGAUCCCAAGCAGCAGUCGGAUGAAGCGAACAGGGCGGCUGCAACUAGAGCGAGGCAAGCACAUACGUAAAGCCAUUUGUUCUGUAGGGUAGGACAACAGAUCACAUACACACAUAUUGGGAAAAGGAAGGAAGGACGUGGGCACGUAGGGUCCAGCACUCGAGCCAUGGUGAGCCUCUCCAACGGCGUCCUGGGCGCCCUGAACUUUAUCUCCCUCGUCGCCUCCGUGGCGCUCAUCGGCGCGGGCGCCUACGUCCUGGCGCAACCGGCGACCGAGUGCCAGCGCCUGGUGCGGGUGCCCGCCAUGGCGCUGGGCGCCGCGUUCCUCCUGCUGUCGCUCCUGGCGCUGGCCGGCGCGUGCUGCCGCGCCACGCCGCUCCUCUGGGUGUACGUCGUUGCCAUCUUCGUGAUCCUCAUCGGCAUGUUCGUGGCCACCGCGUUCGCGUUCGCCGUCACCAACAGGGGCGCCGCCGCCGCCGUGUCCGGGGCCGGGUACGGGGAGUACCGGAUCGGGGACUACUCCGGCUGGCUGCAGGACAGGGUCGCGGACUACGAGACGUGGCAGCGGAUCCAGAGCUGCAUCGCGGACGCGGGCGUGUGCGGCGGCGGCUGGGUCCACGGCGGGAUCAACGCCGGCGAGCUGUACCGGCGGUACCUGCCGCUCGUUCAGGUACGCAUGCAUGCACGGAUCCGCCAGUUGCGUUGCAUGGCAAUACAUGCAUGGCACCACCAUGCACGGCACGGUUCGUUGUUCCACUCGACAUGCCACUAUGCCAGCGUGCAACGCCCAACGGUGCAGUCUGGCUGCUGCAAGCCGCCGGCGUACUGCGGGUUCCAGUCCGUCAACGCGACGUUCUGGGCAACCCCCUCGUCGGGCGCGGCCACGGCGGCGGACGCCAUCGACUGCCGCGCGUGGAGCAACGACCAGCGCGUGCUGUGCUUCCAGUGCGACGCGUGCAAGGCCGGCGUGGUGGCCACCGCAAGGCUCCACUGGAGAGCCGUGGCCGCGCUCAACGUCGUCGUUCUGGUGCUCCUCAUGCUCGUCUACUCGCUCGGCUGCUGUGCCAUCCGCAACAACCACAACCGCCGGUACUACUACUGAUCCAUCGCCCGUUCAUGGCGAAGCGAUAAUGUUGCUCCGGCGGCCCGGCCGGUUCCUAUCCGGGGGAGAUCAGGGGCUACUUGUGCUUGUUUGGUUAAUUAGGUUUCAGGACCUCUUAUAGUGACGAUCUGUUCUUAUGUGUCCCCUCUGUUUGGUACAGUUUAUAGGUUGUGUAUGUAGUAUUAUUUGUUCGGCAUCGUGUGAAACCAAUCGAACUAUUAGGUUUGUGCAGCAGCUAACUAUCUAUAGCUGAGCAGGUACAAUAAUGGGCUUAUAGCCAAGCUAA